AUGGAACAGCUGCAUUGGCAUUUUUAUGUCCCCCACCCAAGGAGCAGGAGCACGUCGAGCGACAAUUUGUUCGUGGACGUGGCUGCGCGCAGCAGGGAUCCCAGCCUGCCGCGCACAAGCAGCCGGUUCCUGGACGGCCUGCGGCGGUACGAGCUGGAGCCGCUGGAGACGAUCGACGAGGCGGUGGGCUUCGCGAAGAGCGGGGUGAUCCGCAAGGGCUCCGUGGUCAGCGGCGUGUUCACGCUGGUUGCGUCUGCUCCUGGGAAGUCCUGGGGGCGCCUUGAGCCAAGGAGGCCUCUGGGCAGCCCCCGAGCCGUGGGCGCCGGGUGCCUGUCGCUGCCACACAUGUUCCGGCAGAGCGGCCUGGGCCUGGGGCUGCUGCUGCUCGCCUGCGGCGCGGCGCUGGCGCACGUGGGGCUGGUGGUGCUGAUGAGCUGCGCGAGGUACACCGAGUGCAAGUCCUUCGCGGAGCUGGUGUCGGCCAGCGCCGCCAGCGGGGCGGGCGAGGGCUCGGGCCGCAGCCCCGUCGUGGACGCGGUCAUCGCCCUGUACGGCCUGGCCGCGGUGCUGAUCUACAUGAUGCUCAUCGGGGAUUUCUUCGGGGGCAUCGUGCAGUCGGCUGCCUUCGGGAACAACGACACGUCGCGGCAGACGCUCAUACUGAGCUCGUUGCUGGUGGUGUUGCCAUUGUCCGUGCCGAAGAGCGUGACCGCGCUGCGGUACAUAUCCAUCGUCAGCACCGCGUCCAUCGCGUUCAUGACGGCGGUGGUGAUGAUAAAGACCCCCAGCCUCUUGACAGAGGCCAGGGCGAGCGGGCACACUAUCCAGUGGUUCCGGG